UACACUGAAGAAGAACUACGCGAUGAAGCUUGGACUAGUUGCGUGCAUUGCACUGUCUGCUGCUGCAGGUUGCAAUGCCUUCACCGGCGGCCCCGUUACCGGUGCAGCUUCGCUUCGGCAGAAGAAGGUUGAUGCUGUCGCGAAGGUGAUGGCGGCAUCCUCGCCGCGACCAGGGCUGGAUGGGACGCGAAGGGACGUCAUCCAAACCGCGAGUGCGGCAGUCGCUGGCUUGCUUGCCUCUGCGGUGCUGCCUGCAGGAGCCCUCGCAGCUGCGAAAGCAGAACCCAACCGGAGAGUGUUCACGACAGACGGUGGAGUCAAGUUCAUUGUGCUGAAAGAGGGAACCGGGCCCGUCGCUAGAGACGGUGACUUCUGCGUCGUGGAGUUCACGGGGUUCCUACCGGAUGGGGCAGUUUUCGAUGCAAGCAAUGCACCGGGCAGGAAGCCCAUCGCCUUCCAGCUCGGGAAGCGACAGGUUAUCAAGGGGUGGGAAGAGGUGCUGCGGCUGAUGAAUGCCGGGGCGGAGGUUCAGAUGGUGGUGCCGGCUAACAUGGCGUUUGGCGACAAGGGGAUAUGUAUCGACAACGGCGAUUGCCUCGUCAAGCCAGGAAUGGACGUACGUUACGACCUCCAGCUGAAGCGCGUGGCCCCCACCCCUUAGAGUGAACAAGACUACAGAUACCUAUGGUAGACCCGCGGGCUUGAACGUACUGGUCGCUCGAACGUACUGGAUGGCUGU